AUGGAUCUGAGGUCAACACUCCUGGUCACAGGAGGAUCGGCAUUGUCUUUCAAACUGCUGAACACCAUUGUCAGGUUCCUGCCAACGCCGGCGGCAGUGCUGGCAACAAAGAAAUCCUGGAAGUGGAGGAACAUCAGCACUUCUCUGGCUCACAGCUCGCUGACAGGAGCAUGGGCGGUUUUAUGUUUCUCCCUCCAGCCUCAGAUGCUGGAGGACCUGAUCUCAUUUCACUCCGUGUCUUCCCACAGCCUUGUAGCUGUAUCCACAGGUUAUUUUAUCCAUGACUUCUGGGACAUGGCCUUGAACCAGUCAUUCAAACAGUCCUGGGAGCUGCUCCUCCACCACACCGUGGCGAUCUCCUGCUUCGGUUUGGCUGUUAUCAAUCGUCUCUACCUGGGCUUUGCUCUGGUGUCUCUGCUGGUGGAGCUCAACUCUGUUUUCCUUCACAUCAGACAACUCCUCCUCCUG